UAAUUUAAAAAAAAAAAUGUUCUGGCAAACCUUCAACAGGUCUAACACUAAUUACUUUUUUUUUUGUAUAAAUAUAUUUUCAUAUUAAAAUUAAUCAAACCCUUCAAAAUUAAAUCAAUCAAAGGAAAAUUUUGGUAGAAUUUUCUGCUACACGUUCCAGGAAUUAAAAAAAAAAAAAAGAAUUAAGAUAAAGGAAAAAAGAAAGAGAAUACUAUGAGCACCAUCUGAUCAAUUAUGCGUGGUUCUGCAUGUUACCAUUGAAUUUGCAGGAGAAAUUUCCUUGAAUAUACAGAAGAUUUGUCGCUUAGGAACAGGAAGUAACAAGUUGAAUAUUAAAAAAAAUAACUUCUCAAUAGAAAAACAACAUCCUUGCUUUCACGUGCGUUGGCUCCUGCGCGUUUCAUAAUAUUAAAACCAUCAAUCAUGCAAAUGAUUUUUUAAUAAUUUACACGAGACCUUGACUUCACUCAAAAAUAUUGCCUCUCCUUAUCAUCUUCUAGUUUUCAACUUCUGCUUCAACUCAUUUCUCUGAUCUUUGCUGGAAAGAAACGAUGACUGACAUGAUCUCCAGUUUCGUGGUAGACGCAGCAAUAUCCAGGGUGGUUUCACUCAUUACUGAUGAAAUCAUGCUUGCUUGGAAUCUCAAGGAUGAUUUGAAAGGCCUCCAAGAAUCUCUCACAAUGAUCCGUGCUGUGCUUCAAGAUGCAGAGGAGCAACAAACAAAGAGGAAGCCUGUGAGGCUUUGGUUGAAGAAGCUCCAAGAUGUAGCUUAUGAGGCUGAAGAUGUUCUUGACGAGUUAGGCUAUGAGAAUCUUCGACAGAAGGUUGAAAUGCAAGACCAAUCCGGAAAGAAGGUACGCAACCUUUUGCCAUUCUCCAAAGGCACUGGUUUUGUUAAGAAGGCUGCAUUACAUGUCAAAAUAGCCCACAAAGUUAAGAACGUAAGUGAAUCGUUGAGUAAGAUUAAGAAUGAAGCUAUGGGUUUUGGACUCGAAGUCAUAUCUAGAGAUAGAACAAUGCCUCAAAUUGACUUGGAUCGAGUGACGGACUCAGUCCUUGACAACACAAUUGUGGGGAGAGAAGAUGAUGUCUCUAGAAUUGUGAACUUGCUGAGUUGUUCCUGUGACCAACAAGUUCUUACUAUUAUUCCCAUAGUGGGGAUGGGGGGUCUGGGAAAGACAGCCUUAGCUAAAUUGGUGUGUCAAGAAUUAAUAAAAGAAAAGCUUUUUGAUCUUAAAAUAUGGGUCUGUGUAUCUGAUAACUUUGAUGAUCGAAGAAUUUUAGAGGAGAUGUUGCAAACUCUCAAUGCAAACAUGGGAGGGUUGACCAACAAAGAUGCAAUACUUCAACAGCUUGAAAAGGCGUUGGAGGGAAAAAAAUUUCUACUUGUUCUUGAUGAUGUAUGGGAUGAUGUAUUAACAAGGUGGGAUGAUUUAAAAAUCCGUUUGGAAAACAUUAGUAGAAACAACGGAAAUGCUAUUGUUGUCACCACUCGGAGUGAGGAGGUGGCAUCAAAGGUGGAGACGUCUAUUUCAUGUAGGCAUAAAUUGGAUUUGUUGUCUGAUGAUAAUUGUUGGUUCAUUAUGAAGGAAAAGGUGUUAGGAAAUGGAACAUCAACCCCCCUAGACCUAGAUUUGGAGGCCAUUGGAAAGGAGAUUGCAAAAAAAUGUAGAGGAGUGCCAUUAGCAGCAAAAGUUUUAGGUGGGACGAUGGGUUUCAUCAGGGAUAAGAAUGCGUGGUUGUUGAUUGAGAAAAAUGAAGUUUUGAAUGCAUCAUAUGGAAAGGAUAAUGUUCAGUCCAUACUGAAACUAAGUUUUGAUCACUUGCCUUCAUUCUUGAAGUCAUGUUUUGCAUAUUGUUCGAUCUUUCCAAAAGAUUUUAAUUUUGACAAGGAAGAACUAAUUUGGCUUUGGAUGGCUGAAGGUUUAGUGAUGCCGUCUAGUCAAGAUGAGGGCAACAAGUAUUUUAAUGCCUUACUGCAGAAUUCCUUUUUUCAAGAUGUGAGAAAGGAUCAAUAUGAGAAUAUUAGAUGGUGCAAGAUGCAUGAUCUUGUACACGAUCUUGCAUUGUCUCUUUCCAAGUCUGAAUUAUUGACUUUGGAAAAUUGUUCAACGGGUGAUAACAUAUCUUUCACUCGUCGUUUAUUUAUAAAUCGUCAAAAUGCAGCAACUUUAAUGGCAUUUCCGAAAGGUGGUACUAAGAAGCUGAGCAGUUUAUUCAUAGAUGGCAUUGUCUUUGAUGGGACUUGGAAGUUGAAAAGGUUGCGGACUCUAAUCUUGAAAAGUGCCAAAAUUGAAGAGUUGCCAUCUUCAGUUGGCAAGUUGAAACAUUUAAGAUAUCUUGACAUCUCAAGGACUAACAUCAAAGUGUUGCCUGAAUCCAUCACCGGUCUCUACAAUUUGCAAACAUUGAGAUUUUCUCUUUGCCGGUCUCUUAAAGAAGUUCCCAGAAACAAAAUGUGCAAUCUGAUCAACUUGAGGCAUAUUGAAUUUUCUGAACCUCACCAUAUGCCAUCUAUGUUGGGGCGGUUAACUUGUCUCGAAACACUGCCAAAUUUUUUUGUGGCUCCAGGUGGGGGAAGUAACAUUCAAGAACUAGAAUGCUUAAACCAACUAAGAGGGGAGUUGAACAUAAUUUUUCUUGAGGAGGUGAGAGACAAAGAAGAAGCUGAGAAAUCAAAUCUAAAGGGGAAAAUGAAAUUAAAAGCCCUAGGAUUUAUAUGGAAAAAUGGAAGAGAAAUCAGAAGCAAUGAUAAGGAAGUGUUGGAGGGCCUUGAGCCUCACCCAAACAUAGAGAGAAUAGACAUAGGGAAUUAUUUGGGUGAAAAUUUUCCUCAGUGGCUGUUAAUGAUGAAAAUUCCAAGUAAGGGUGACUCUUUUGAUAAUUUGGUGGAACUUAAAUUUUGGGACUGUCAUUGCUGUGAAGAACUCCCGAAGCUUGGGCAUCUUCCUCGUUUUAAAAUACUUAUGAUACUUGGAAUGGAUAAGAUCAGAAGCAUAGGGAAUGAAUUCUAUGGCAUUGAGAGUGGAAGCACAAGCAAUGGAGGGAGACUGUUCCCGGCAUUAAAGAAACUAUGCUUCUUUAAUAUGCCGAAUUUAGUUGAAUGGAAGGCACCGGUAAAUGAAGGAGGUGAAACAUAUGUAUUUCCUUGCCUUGAAGAAUUGAGCAUAGGUAAAUGUCCUCGGUUGACAAAAAUUCCAUUAAGUGAUCAGUCAUCGCUUGUAAAACUGCAAGUCGAUGAUUGUGAAGAAUUAAGCUAUAUAUUUGACGAACUGCACUCCUUUCCGUCUCUUAAAAGUCUAUCGAUGGGUGGGUUUUAUAAGUUAACUUGUCUUCCAAGUGUUCUGAAAUCCUUCACUUCUCUGCAAUCAUUGAAAAUACGUAGAUGCAAAGGGCUGACAUUCGUUCCUGAAUAUAUAGGCGAAUUGCAUUCUCUUCGUCAUUUAUAUAUAACAGAGUGUCAAAGUUUGAGUUGUUUUCCAGAGAAGAUAUUAGGAGGGCUUUUCGGAUUGAGGAUUUUACAUGUUGGUGGUUUCUCUAAGGCGUUGGAUGGUUUUCCUUAUCUGAAUUCAAUUCAAGACCUCCCAUCCCUUGAGAACUUAGGGGUAUAUGGGGAUUAUGACAGUAGAAUGAAGUCUUUGCCAGAUCAACUUCAAGGCCUCACUGCCCUCAAGUCGUUGGUUAUAUGUAAUUUCAAUGGAGUGGAAGCUUUGCCAGAGUGGUUAGGCAACCUAUCAUCUCUAACCCACCUUAAGGUUUCGAAAUGUGAGAAUUUGAAGUAUCUCCCUACAGCUAUAGCCAUGAAACGCCUCUCCAAAUUAAGGACUCUCCACAUUCUUGAUUGUCCCCUUCUUAGGGAAAAUUGCACCAUGGGAAUUGGCUCUGAGUGGUCCAAGAUUUCUCAUCUCCUGUCUAUAAUUAUAGACGAUGAACUUUUUUACUGAGUGGCCCGCAUGAUAAGAAUGUGAAUACUGAGAGGACAAAGAAGCGGAACUUUUUUUCCUCUACAGAACUUUUUAUGGAUAACUCCAUACAGCCAGAAUCUUGUUGUUGAUUGAUGAGACUGCCCUCACAAAACCUCUUGACAUCCAAGGGGUGUUGCUGAUAAUUCUUUCUCAAGUUUCAAUAGGGGGCAUGGCUGCAUUGCAGGAUAGCUAGAUUCCAUGAAUAGAAGGGAUAUGAAGCAGAAGUAAGGAAGAAAGAAAAGAGGAACUUUGGGAAGUAAUUGUCAAAUAAGAUGGUACUUGGAUGUGAACUGUGAAAUCAAAUUUAAAUUCCUAUUUAGCAGCUCUAAUGCCUGUUUAUCAAUCUCUCACUUUUUUCCAUGGCAAUGGUGUAAAAUGUAUGAUUUUCUACUGAAGGGUUAGGCAGCAGCAUCUUUCAAAAAAAUUUGACCCAGUUUGAUGUUUUGUACUGUUUGAUGGUUGAUGUUAACUUGAUUAAUAGUAUUUUAUGAUUGUAAUUCUUGUACAGGAGAUAAAGAGUGGAUUCACUUCAGGAUAACCUUGAUUGUAUAGCAGUUGGUGGCGUAAAGCAAAUCAAGCUCUUCUUUAGUUGGCCUGGUUAAAAAUUCUCGGAGUGUAGGAGUUCAUUCACCAUUGGAUCGAGCUCAAAUUUGGUCAGCAAGUUCUUGACACCUGGUUCUUCAGUUUGAAUGGUGGAGAUCGAAAUUGGAAACUUCUAGCCUGGUUAGUCCAUGAAUUUUGCCUUGUUUUUGGUGAAAUUCUUCAUCUUUUUCUUCAUCUUCUCUAGAAUUUAAUCUCUUUGUUAUUGAAAUCAAUUUGUUUAUGUAUUGUGACAAUUAUGGAUGUGGUAUUUGUAACAUUAUUUUGUUUAUAGUGGAGAUUUGUGGUGGACUCAAAAGUCCUGUGGUUUUUCCUCUUUGAUUUGAAGAGGUUUUCCACGUAAAAA